AUGGACUCAUACGGAGUUGACUAUUUGGAGACUUUGAAGUUGAAAGACAAAUGCGAUACGAAAUUGAGGACUCUACUCAACGAUAGCAUUGAGCGGUACAUUGAACGAAAUAGCGAAACUCAUAAUGAACAUCACAAAUUACCUGAUCCUCGGUACAUUGCUAACAGAUACCAUGCUGAAAAGUAUGUUCGAUCUCGCAUUUUGACCCUGCCAACCAAAUAUUCUAAAAUCGAAGCCAUCUUGAAGGAACACAUGAAAUACCAGAAGACUUCUGAAGGAGAAAGAUCCAAACUCAUCCAGGACUACCAGGUCCAGAUAGGAGAUUUGAACAAGAUAUUGAACGAUGGAACUACAUCCAAAUUCCAAAACGAGAAGCACCAGAUGGCCCAAAUGAAAAGAACCCGUUUGGAAAAGGAGAUGGAUGAGAAACUCAGAAAGUUCGACCAGAGAAUCCUCUUUGAAUGUAAGAUGUUGAUUAUCAAGUCAAAGGACGCGUUCAAGGAACUCAACGUACCAUUCUUCAACACUUCUGAGACUUAUCUCUAUCCACGUAUCGACGACGAUAGAGCAUACAUUAUCCAGCUCAUGGCUGACGAGAUUCUCCGCAAGAAAAGAGUUCAAGGAAAGGACACUAGAAAAGACAGCUGA